AUGAUAAUAAUUGAUUUAUUAAUAAAACAUAAUAUAUCUACAGGUAUUAAAAAUAAACAAAAUCAAAAUGUAUUACAUAAAGCAAUUGAAUAUAAUAGUUUAGUAAAUGUUAAGCAUUUACUAGUGAAAUGCCAUAUGGAUGUUAAUAACGCAGAUGAAGAGGGUAUGACAUACUUAAUGUAUGCAUGUGAACAUUCAACACCACAAAUUGUUGAAAUAUUAUUAAAAUUUGGUGCAAAUACAGUUAUAAAAGAUAAUAGAAAUAUGACUGCUAUUGAUUAUGCAUCAAAAAAUCACGAUACAUAUAGUGAAUCUAUUCUUGAAUUAUUAGAAUAUUAUAAACAGAAUCAAAAUAUCAAUACUAGGCAACAAAUAGAAAAAGAUGACAAUAAUAAUAAUAAUAAUAAUAAUAAUAAAAAUAUAUAUCAGACACAAGUAUCAAUAAUUGGUGGUGGUCCAGCUGGUUUGGUUUUAUCUCAAUUAUUAUUUUUAGCUGGUAUUGAAUCAAUUGUAGUGGAAAAACGUUCAAAAGAAUCAAUUGAAACGCGUAUACGUGCUGGUGCACUUGAACAAGUCACAGUUGACCUAUUUGAUCAUAUUGGUGUUGGUGAACAAAUACAUCGUCAAGGAUUAAUUUCUAAUAAUAUGAAUUUUCUAUUUAAUGGAAAACAUUAUUCUAUACCCGUAUCAAAAUUAACAAAUGGAAAAGUAAAUACUGUUUAUCCUCAACAAAGUAUUGUCAAAAAUUUAAUCGAAGAUAGAUUAAAAAGAAAUGGUGAAAUAUGGUUUGAAAUAGAAAAUAUAGAAAUAUUUGAUUAUGACAAAAAACAUUCAGUUUUACGUUAUAAACGUAAUAAAAUAGAUGAAGAAUUACAUUGUGAUUUUGUUAUAGGUUGUGAUGGUUUUCAUGGUAUAUCACGUAAAACAAUUCCACAUGGUAUAUUAAAAACAUAUGAAAAAUUUUAUCCAUUUUCUUGGUUAAGUAUAAUAGUAGUAACAAAACCAGCAAAAAGCAAGUUAAGCAAUUUAGUUUAUGCAUAUCAUGAUCGAGGUCUUGUUAUUUAUGUUAUGCGUUCAGAAGAGGUAGCAAGAUAUCAUUUACAAGUAGAUGCAACAGACAACGUAAACGAUUGGCCAGAUGAAAGAAUAUGGAAUGAAUUAAAAAUACGUUUAAAAACAAAUGAUAAUAGUUGGAAAAUAAAUGAAGGAAAAGUGAUCGAAAAACGUAUAUUUCCAUUGCGUAGUUUUAUGAUUGAACCAAUGCAAUAUAAAAAUAUUUAUUUAGCUGGUGAUGUUGCACAUUUAGUACCACCAACAAUCGCUAAAGGUUUAAAUAUGGCUGUUGCUGAUGUGAAGAUAUUGUCAAAAGCCCUUAUUUAUUAUUAUGAAACAAAUUCACUAGAUAAAUUAAAACAGUAUUCAACUAUAUGUUUAAAUCGUUUAUGGCGCGUGGAAGACUUUUCAAAUUAUGUAACUGAACUUUGGCAUCAUGAUUUUACUAAAGAUGAUUUCUAUCAUAAAACACAACGAGCACGUGUAGAAAGUUUAUGUGAAUUCAAAAUUUUGCAGCAAGAGUUUUGUGAAAUGCUUGUUGGUUUACUAAGUUCUAAAGACACUUCUGUAUACAAUAACGUAGAAUAA